GUCCAGUUAAUCCACUGCUUGCCGCGCCACAUCGAAGCCCCUGCCUCCGUCCCUUACAAUUGGUGGUUACCAAGCAGUCGAUAGGAUGCUAGUAGUCAAGGAAGCCGGCGGGGGGCGCCACGAUCGUCAGAAUGGAGAGGGCCUCGAUUCACGUGGGGAUGUUUGGAGAGAAGUUGGCAGUAGGAUAGUGGUGAUGGAAGUCCUUGUCCGUCUACCGAAUGCGAAUCUACCUGGCUGAAGUAAGAAGAGGCGUGUUCAGUCCGAACUUCGUGUGAACUUUGAGUCUUCCCUAACGAGCAACGUUCAUCAUUAAGUUUGUGAUAGCUGGAACAUUGUGUAGUGUCGAUGUAAAGCCUCGACAGGGUGGAGCAGACUUAUGCAGCAGGAACUAUGCAUAUAAACGAUGAGUUCGCAGGGCUGGUGACGGAUUCGCGCGUAUGUUUGCUUGCAGCGCAGGAAAGUCUUGUUAAAUUGGUGUUUAUUAAUAGAGCUUUUGACGUUUUUGUGCUGUGCUACGGUAAAGAUCAACCUGGAAUCGUACAGCUGCCGCCGUAGAAUCUAGCCAAACUCUCUAAAGGCUCGUGUAUGUGCGUGAAUGUGGUGCUAUAAAUUACUGUUGCAGUGUACUUCUAUUUGGCUAUUGGCUAGAAGUGUUUUUGUGUCUAUACCCGCAAUAGAAAGGCCACUAAAGGAGGCAUUGUAUAUUAAGAGCAAUAUGGAGCCAAUAACUGUUUUUGCAACGAAUACAUCUAAUAGUGUUCUGGAAAUCAACGCGACAGAAAAGGCAAUGAUAUUGUUUCCUCUCGCGCAGAGUCUCAUAUUUGAUACCAUGCUCACGAACUAUACCGAGUCAAUGUGCAAUGAACUUUCAUUGCUGGACAUCGCUUACAACAACGAAACCUUUUCAGCCAAUGGCGCUUCCGUCGACAUAACAGCGAUAGAUAAUGGAGCUUCGCUUCUAGUCGGUAAUAGCAGCGGCCAACGAAGAACAGCUUCGGAGAGCGGGGGUGCUGUGAAAGUUUGGUGCAGUUCAAUCUGGGACGGAAUAUCGUGCUGGCCCCCAGCGCCCCCAGACUCAAUCGUAGCUAAAUCCUGUCAUCUUCUAUUGAGGGCUAUCGAUGAUUCGAUACCGCCGGAUAUAUCACAUCCGGCGGAUACUGUAGGCUACGAGGCUCAACACGACACUGCGCAACACCGUCUUCGCCAGCAUGACCGUUCUGGACUCGCCGAGCUAUACGCGUUCCGCACUUGCGGUCCUGGCGGAGCAUGGCUCAAUAACAUCACGAACUACAAUGCUUGUAUCGCCUUUCUCACGCAGUAUCAUGCGAUAGCACUCGUGUUCGUUCAGCGAGAAACCUUGCUCCUAAUGCUGUCGUGCGCUAACAUUUGCACCUGCACACAGAAGAACGAGCGUGUAAAAGGCCAAGGUGUCCGCUUGUUCUACCAACAGGGGCAAAGUAAUCGUCGAUCUGUUCAGACGCCAGCACCUCCCGUCUCGAUGAUGCCCUUAGCGGUGACGUGCAUUCUCGUCUCGUUUUCGGCUGUCUCAUUGGCGUUCCUCGUGGCUGCAGCAGCAAUCUUCAUACAUUUCAGUUCUCUAUCAUGUCCGCGUACCCGUGUCCAUUUAAAUCUUGUGUGGGCGCUUACCCUUCACUCGCUCUGUAUGAUUAUCAUUUCUCUUCCGGUCGUCAUAAAUGCAGCCACAGCUAGUCACAACAACCAGCAGCAGCAGCAGCAGCAGCAGCAGCAUCAGCAGCAGCAGCAGCAGCAGCAGGUGGCAGCAGCUGCGACGCACCAUCUGCAGUCUUCACAACGUCAACAUGUACAUUCAACGCCAUCAACAACAGCGUCGGCACCACAAAGACAACAGCAGCAGGACCAACUGUCGCACAACAGUUCCACUCAAGCAGGCCAUCGAAGACCAGGAAAUCUCAUCGUGAUGCCCAAUAUUCUUAGCACUCCAUCUCUAUGCAAAGUGACCCUAUGCGCCAAAAUGUACUCAUCGAUGUCGUCCAUCAACUGGAUGUUCGUCGAAGGACUUCUUCUGCAUUCUAAAUUAACAACAUCGAUCUUUCGGAAAGACGCACCGUUUCCGCUCUACUACGCCAUCGGAUGGGGCCUCCCUAUACUGUUCAUCAUUCCGUGGGGAGUUCGUAUGGAACUCGAGCUUCCCGGUAAAAAUUGCUGGGAAGGUUAUGGCAACCACUCAUGGGUGUUUCUGCUCAUCGCGCCUAGACUCAUCGUUCUUGUCACUAAUCUCGUGUUUCUAAUCAACAUCAUCCGAAUUCUUGUCAUGAAAGCAAAAAAUAAUUCUGCAGAGAGCACUCAAGCCAGGAAAGCAAUAAAAGCUACUCUUCUGCUGUUUCCUUUGUUGGGAAUCACGCAUUUGCUGUUUUGUAUUAAUCCGCACGAGAAUGAUGUCACGCUCAAGAACACCUAUAUGAUUGUCAACGCGCUUCUACAGUCGUCGCAGGGAACAUUUGUGUCAGUGAUACAUUGCUUCAUGAACUCGGAGGUUCGGGCCCAACUCCGCAACGCCUAUCUGCGGGCAGCCAUACGCCGUAAUCCUAAUCGGAAAUCUAUAUACUCCGGAAGGCGUCACAUCGCGCCCAGCUUCUCACAGCGUCAGCAAAUUAAUCCCUCACAAUCCAAGGACCAUACGGUUUGUCCAACUAAUCUAACUGCAUCCGGUGGAGAGACGCCUGGGAAGUUACUCUUUGAGUCAUCUAUGGCGUCUCCAUCGUUGGAUACCUUUGCGGUGUAAAAUUAAAUUGCCUUUUUAACCAGUGGACGAAAUUCUUAUAGGCAUCGUAGAGCGAGAUCCACGAGAUGUAGAACGGAAGUUACAGGAAACUGAGGAAGUAGAACUAAGCCAUACACAAAUCAUUUUACUACUUUAAAUAGUAACGACGCUGAUCGGUUUCAAUUAGCAUCGAAGUAAUUUGUAUAUGUAUAUAUAUACAUAUAUACAUAUAUAUUUGUUAGGCAGCAGCGUUAGCGCCAUCUGAUUUAUGGACAAGAUAAAUUUAAAAAAAAAAAAACUGUCUUGCCGAACGUGAUUCUAAUGUACAGCCAUAUAAAUUUCUACUUGAUAAAUAAAUGUAUAACUGCAUAUGAUAUGGCAAAAAAUAAAGGAAAUCGAGCACACUGUGCAGAAUGACGAAUGAUUGAGUCCUCCUAUCGUAGUAAGAUUAUAAACAUAUUAUUGUCGUUGAUCGCAAAUGGCCUGGAUGUUCUCAUGGGUGGAAGCAUAAGAUUUCUCCAAAGGAGCUCGGAAUUUCAAAUAGGACGAAAAGUUUGACGAGAUGCGAAGCAG